AACCGUUUCGCCUUUUGGCUGAAAUCUAAAACCCUAAAGAAGCCCUCCAAGCUGAAGAAUCCCAGCUUGGCUACUGAAAUAUCGACCAGAGACUUCAAAAUUGGUGUUUAAGGAAUGGUGGUUGGACUCAGAAACUUCACCGAGAGGGUCGGCGAUGGCGCCGGACAACGAGUGCUCAACGCCGACAACGGCGAGGAGCUCAUGCACGUCGAGUCUGGUGUAGCCAUUGUUCUCGGAAACCAUCCUCCUGAGUCCCCCGGGACUCUCUUCAUUUCCACCAAGCAAGUGAUAUGGUUGAGUGACGUAGACAGGGCCAAAGGGUAUGCGGUUGAUUUCUUGUCAGUGUCACUGCAUGCGGUUUCAAGGGACCCGGAGGCUUACUCUUCCCCUUGUAUAUAUACUCAGAUUGAGACUGAAGAGAAUGAUGCUGAUUCCGAGGGCUCAGAUUCAGAAUGUGAUGGAACUCUAGACUUAUCAAAGAUUACAGAGAUGAGGCUUGUCCCAUCUGACCCUAGCCAAUUGGAAACUCUGUUUGAGAUGUUUUGUGGAUGUGCUGAGCUAAAUCCGGAACCUAAUGACGAGGAAGAAGAAGAGCACAACUGGAUUUUUAGUGCUGAUCAGAUGGAAGAUGAUGCCACUGGGGAAGACAAUUCUGAAUGGAAUUUUGCUCACAACCCUUCUCACUCAAUUGGUCAAUCAAAUGGGCAUCAUGAUCUAGCUCAACCCAUGCUUGAGCUUCAAAUCAGCGAUGAACGGUUUGAGGAUGCAGAAGAGAUGGAACGCAACAGUGGCAGUGGCCAUACCUGAAGACCCAUCCUAUUGAUCUCUAACAGUUAAUUUUUUUCCUUUAUCUAUAGAUCUCUAUAGACCCAUCCAAGAUCUUGCUGUAUAUGCAAAGGAGUACUUCCUCUCUAUAGAUCUCUAUAAAGACCCAACUGCUGAGAACUUUUUGAAUGAGUUUAAUGUCUAAACUUUUUGUUGUUUCUUUGUUAGAUCUGUAAUUCUAAUGUUACUGAACGUUCAGUUGAAUUGAAGCUUUUAUGCUUGUUUUAACUCUAUACAACGCAUCUUGUAAUGAAUUGAAGCUUGGAUAGUAUCAUUUGUCGCAUUGAAACUGGUUUAUUUGAAG